AUGUUCAGGGCCUACAAGAACCUUUCUCCAAAGACCCGUCUCGGUGUCGGUGUGGCUAUCCUCGCCUGGGGAGCCGGAGGCCUAAUGUUGGCCGACACAGUCGAGGAGACACUCGGCCUUACCCCAACUGAGGAGGACAAGGCUAAGCUGGACAAAUACACGCCGAAGAUCAUCACAGUCGAGAAGGAUGAGAAGUCAGAAAACUAA